UCUCACACCCUCUCCAAGUAUCUAGCACUGUGCCCUUAGGGCCCAACAGCCACUUGUUGGUUAAUUGAUCAUCCAGAUCUGGGGUGGGGUUGGGUUGAGAGGAUGAUAAAAUUUUAAAAUGUAAAGUGAAAAACAGAAAAGCACAAAAGGGAAGGAAAGGGAGAGGAGACAAGAGAAUAAUCUAAGGAAAGCCAUAUUUUGUGUCAGCGCUGCUAGUCUGGCAGUAAAAAGGAGCUGCCCCCUCAGUCCCUUGAGAAACUCUUAGUAAAGACUUGUCUAACCAUCUUUGACUGUCCUUUUAAAUGCCUAGGAGAGGCAGACUGGAUUUGUUUGACUACUGAACUCCCACCUUGAUUCUUCUCCAGUCUUUACCUUGUACAGACACUUGGACACACGCCCCACCAGGACUUCAAGCUGCUGCCCCUUCCUGAGCCUUCCUCUUUCGUGCCGUUUGUCUCCCAGGGACAUAUCUGAUUCAUUUGCAUCCUUGAAGAGCAUCUCUAGAAGAGGAAGGAAAAGAUGGGUGUGAAAACAUUUACUCAUAGCUCCUCUUCCCACAGCCAGGAAAUGCUUGGGAAGCUAAAUAUGCUGCGAAAUGAUGGACAUUUUUGUGAUAUCACUAUUCGUGUCCAGGACAAAAUCUUCCGGGCACAUAAGGUGGUACUAGCAGCUUGCAGUGAUUUCUUUCGCACCAAACUUGUGAGCCAAGCAGAGGAUGAGAACAAGAAUGUGUUGGAUUUGCAUCAUGUUACAGUGACUGGCUUUAUACCCCUUUUGGAAUAUGCUUACACAGCCACUCUGUCAAUUAACACAGAAAAUAUUAUUGAUGUUCUGGCUGCAGCCAGCUAUAUGCAAAUGUUUAGUGUUGCUAGCACCUGCUCAGAGUUCAUGAAAUCAAGCAUUUUAUGGAAUACACCCAACAGCCAACCGGAAAAGGGUCUAGAUGCUGGACAAGAAAAUAACUCUAACUGCAAUUUUACUUCUCGAGAUGGAAGCAUUUCCCCAGUGUCUUCAGAGUGCAGUGUGGUUGAAAGAACCACUCCUGUCUGCCGAGAAUCCCGGAGAAAGCGCAAAAGCUACAUUGUUAUGUCUCCUGAAAGUCCUGUAAAGUGUGGCACACAAACAAGUUCUCCCCAGGUAUUGAAUUCUUCAGCUUCCUACUCAGAAAAUAGAAGUCAACCAGUUGACUCUUCUUUAGCUUUUCCCUGGACUUUUCCUUUUGGAAUUGAUCGAAGGAUUCAGCCUGAUAAGGUUAAGCAGGCAGAAAAUACCCGGACUUUAGAAUUACCUGGCCCAUCUGAGACAGGUAGAAGAAUGGCUGAUUAUGUGACUUGUGAGAGCACAAAAGCUACCUUGCCUCUGGGUACUGAAGAAGAUGUCCGGGUCAAAGUAGAAAGGCUAAGUGAUGAGGAGGUCCAUGAGGAAGUGUCCCAGCCUGUCAGUGCUUCUCAGAGUUCACUGAGUGAUCAGCAGACAGUGCCAGGAAGUGAACAAGUCCAAGAGGACCUUCUGAUUAGUCCACAGUCUUCCUCCAUAGGCUCAGUAGAUGAAGGCGUCACCGAAGGGUUACCUACACUUCAAAGCACUUCUAGCACUAAUGCUCAUGCAGAAGAUGAUGAUCGAUUGGAAAAUGUUCAGUAUCCCUAUCAACUCUACAUUGCUCCCUCUACCAGCAGUACAGAACGACCAAGUCCAAAUGGUCCAGAUAGACCUUUUCAGUGUCCAACUUGUGGGGUGCGAUUCACCCGUAUUCAGAACCUGAAACAGCACAUGCUCAUCCACUCAGGAAUUAAACCAUUUCAGUGUGACCGCUGUGGGAAAAAGUUCACCAGGGCUUACUCGCUAAAGAUGCAUCGCCUAAAGCAUGAAGGUAAACGCUGUUUCCGGUGCCAGAUAUGUAGUGCCACUUUCACUUCCUUCGGGGAAUAUAAACACCACAUGAGGGUUUCCCGGCACAUUAUCCGCAAGCCUCGGAUUUACGAGUGCAAAACAUGUGGCGCCAUGUUCACCAACUCUGGGAAUUUAAUCGUGCACCUGAGGAGUCUGAACCAUGAAGCGUCAGAGCUAGCAAACUACUUCCAGAGCAGUGAUUUCCUAGUACCGGACUACUUAAACCAGGAGCAGGAAGAGACCCUUGUUCAGUAUGAUCUUGGAGAACACAGUUUUGAAAGCAACUCCUCUGUUCAAAUGCCUGUAAUUUCACAGGUCUCCUCGACCCAGAAUUGCGAAAGCACCUUUCCCUUGGGGGCUCUUGGUGGGCUGGCAGGAAAAGAGGAAGAAAUGCCAGAGCAGCCAAAGACCAGUGCUUGUGCUGAGCCAGCCAGAGAUGACCCCCCAAAAUCAGAGCUGUCUUCUAUAACUAUUGAGUAAUUUCAUGGUUGGGCUUCAUUUUUGGUUUUUGGAAAGUGCCUGUGCUUGGUCUUGUACAUUUAAAUUUAAUUUAAUUUUUUAAACAAAAAAGGGUUUGGGAAAGAAUUUCUCUUUUUACUUUGUAAGCCCUGCAACUGAUGUUUUAUUUUUUCAUGACUCAGAGAUUGCUUUUGUAAGUACACAAUAAUGUGAUGUUGAAAUACAGUAGAAACUAUGAGACUUAAGGAGAACCAGUUGACUUAAAACAUCUAUCAGUUUCUUCUUCCACUGUUGAAAAUAGGCUAACAGCAGAUCAUUAGUUAAAGAAGAAAUCAGAUGAUUAUUGACCUUCCUGAGAUGAAAGGGUACAACAGAAACAAAUUACUAAACAAUGACAACUGGCCUGAAUAGAUGUUUACUCCUAUACACAGGACAGUGUACACUAUUUUGUAAAGCCUGUUGUUUUUGCAAGUAUUUAUGGUAAGCUUUCUUAAAAUUUAUUGGGUGAAUACUUCUGAAAUCCAACAUACUCUUUUUUUAUUUUUUAUGCUUUGUCAUUUCUAUUAUGAUUUUUCAUGGUGAAAAUUUGCAUAGGCUUUCCCUGUACCUUUAUAAUACUGCUCCUCCGAAUAAUCUUUCUGUCUUCUAUGAUAGAAGACAAAGAACCAUGACUGAGAAUAGUCAAGCUGUGUGUGAAAUGACCAGGAAUGGAGAAUGUAGUAUGUAAAUCCCAGCUUCAUAGAAACUCUUUAAUAUACUGCUUUUCUGAGUAAAAUUGUUUACCUGGUCUUUGAAUAUUAAUGCUUGGCUAAUUAGGUCAUUGUGUACAUCAGUUUUCCUCUUGCCCCAUCAGCAGUCUUUCUCUUGAACAUACUGGAGUGAUGCCGUACAAAGGAAAAAUAUUGGAGAUAUUAUAUAUUUUAUAUAUAGGUUUAUGUAUUGUUCGGGAUAUUUUUAUUGUACUGUUUUGGACAAAAUAAAGAAUUCUCUGUUAAGGCUACAUUCUUAACCCAGCUAAAAUUGUUUACAAAAUUCCAUACAACAGUGAGACAUUGUCCUUGUUCUGAGAUAUUUUUAGACAUUGCCAAGUUAGUAUAGUUUUUACACAAUGUAAGCAAUAAUGUAAAAGAUAAGAAGAGGCUAUAAAAUGAUGACUUGUGACUCAUAAAUUUGUUUGGGAAAAAAAUUAAGGCCAAAAACCUUAAAUUAAUGAAUAUCACCUCUUUUGCUGCUAAAAAAAUGAAACUUCCUGGUUUAUAUAUAAGUUGGAAUUUAUAUGAUACUCUAGACUGGAGUAUCCUUUUCAUUUGCUACCAUUAAAGCAUCACUGACCUUGAUCUUAAAUAUUCAUGAGUCCAUGAACAAUGAACUUUUGAGUAACUUUUUUUCUAUGUAUAUGCCCAAAGUUUAAUAAUUAUAAAAGCACCUGAUUAGAUUAGAAAAAAGAAGCAAAGUGUGAUUUCUUAUUCAAAACACAAGAUCUGAAUUUUGUCUGAGUGCUAGAUCUUAAUAAAAAAAAUAUAUUUUUAAGUUAUAGUGAUUUAAUUGUUUCAUUUUUUUUAAUUGGCUAAUUCUGUAGUUGAUUUCUCCCCAUGAAUGUAAAGGAAGGGAAAGUAAACUCACUGAAGAUUUUUUUAAGUUCAAGUUCUUUCUGUCUCUUUCCAUAUUCUAUCUUUAACUUGUUUCCAUCUCUUCUCUCAGUUGUGAACCUGUUUUUCCCCCUUGGCUCUCAAACAUAGGUGUCUCACCUUCAUAAAGAUCAAGAUACCCAGGUUAAUGAUGGGUUUCCAUCAUUUAUGCUUCCUUACUCAUAGGGUUGAAUUAGUUUCUGCAGCAGACUGUGAUACUUAGUACUGCUGUGUCUCAACUGGAAAGGUCAGAAAUUUUUAUUUUUGAUGUCAUAUAUAUUCUUUGAAAACUGUUAUGCCUACCAGUAGGUAAAUCUCAAAGUUAGUGUUAAAAUCUUAAUAUGGGCAAGACAAAGAAUAGGUAAAAUUACGACCAGGAAUCAAUUGUUGCCUUCAGUUCUAAGAGUUAUUUUUUUUAAAAGUGAGUAAGUAAGAAAAAAAAAGAAGGAAAGAAAUAGGCAUAAAGAAAAGAAAUGUGUGUGAAUCGUUUGGGGAUUUGUUGGUUGAAAAUGUUGUGGCAUAUCCCCUAUCCUGAGAACACUACGUGAAGAGAGCCUGUACAGUUUUGGCAGCUCUGAGGUAUUCUGUGUUCUCAGAGUGUAGGAUUACCACCACUGGCCAUUGUUUCCCAAAUGGAAACUUUAGAUUUUCAUUGGUAAUUAUAAAUUGCACAGAUUUCCAAGUUUUAUGAAAAAUUUGAAUGUACUGUGAAAAUGCAUACUUGGUUAGUUGUCUAUUCCCCAAAUUUUAUCAAUACAGGUAACUAGUAUUUGACAUAAAGUGAUAUAAACAAGGCUGUCUUUUUUCUAUUUCAUUAAGACUCUACAUUUUUCUUGAUACACAAUUUAAGGGUAUUUAGCUUAUGAAUCUGUUUUAGGAAACUAAGCUGCAAGGGAUAUAAUUGUAUAUAGUGUUAUUUAGUUUUAUUUAAAAUUCGUUUAAGAGAAGGAUACAUGGAUGUAUAAUUUUUACCAGAAUAUAUGGAAAACAUUGCAAAGAGAUGAAUGCCAGUUACAGCAUCCCAUCCAUUAGAAAUUACUGGUGUAACUGAACGUAAAAAUUUCCAGGUUUGAAUACUUAGGUACAGCUGCCUUUCCUAAGGGCCAAAAGGGUAAUUUUGUGAUAUUUAAAGGGCUUAAAUUUCAGGAUGCAGGAUAAAUUGCCUUUUAAAACCAAGUAUUUUAUACAAGAAAAGCAUUUGCUUUCAGUUUUUAAGCUACCAAACAGGUGGGACAUAACUUUAGAAAUGAGCAAAGAUGUUUGCCAUGGUCCUGGAUGGUACAGCUCCUGCAGUCAUUUUUUCAUUUUUAAGGGUGUAUUCUAACGGUGGAAGCAUUUAGCAUCUCAGUGAUUAUCCUAAUUCAGAAACAAACAGAUUAAUACUGGUUUUUAUUUUUUUGAAUUUUAAGUUUUCUAUAAAUGGAUGCAGAUGGAGGUUAUCACCCACAAGUAUAUUUAAAUGGAUUUUUCUUAAUUUGAAUUUCGAGUAAUCUUUUUGAUUUUUAUUUCAUAUAGUUAGUUACGCAUUUAGUUACAAUGCCACUUUUUAAAGUUCUCAAUUUCAGUGAGACAAAUGAUACCAAAAUGUUUAAAUAGUUUCAUUCAGUCUUACAUUCUAAUAUUUCAGCAAUCAUUCUGGCUUACAGUAAUUUGGUUCCGUAUUAUGACACUUGCCCAUUGGUUUUAAAACGAACAAAAAAACUUCCAUUUUCUUAAGAUAUUUUACCAAAUGGAAUGGACUGGUCAGCACAUCUAAUGUACAUAUUAUUGGUAACUCUGUUACCUUCUAACUACUGAGCCAGACUCUCCCUCUGUAUAAGUGGAGGCUUUGGAAGCUGUAUUAACUCUUUCAGUCUCUUAUUUUAUUUCUUUUUAUUUUAUCCUGUCCUUAUCUUAAUCUAAAUGGAGGCAAAUUAUCUAUUUUAAAUGUGGCUUUAUUUUGAAGAUUCUCAGAUCAUGUUUUAGUCUCUUAGCUUUGUAGUCCCUGAAAAAUACAUUACUGUAUAAUGUAAUGGCGGUUCUGUACGAGUAUACCACAUGGAGAGAGUUACUCUUAUUACUUGAUGAAUGAAUAAUCCUAAAAUUGUGGUAUUUUAACUGAAAGGAGUUUGAGAUUUGAGGACUUCAUGAAGAAAAGAAUUAGAAACUUCCUGUGGCAUUUAGUCUAUUUUCACUCAUCUGCAAAAUGUGAAGUUAUAACUCUGAAAUACACAUUUCAGUGUAUGUGAGGAAGAAUAAAUAGUUCUCUAGAUGGUAAUAUUAAUUGGAGGAAAAAAAUUAAUAAAGUUCACAUUUGGAAAUGACCCAAAGUUGCUAAAAGGUAAUGAAUGUGGUUUUCACUCUGUCAUUGACAUAUUUUAUUUAUAAUAUAUUUAGAUUUUAAAAGUUACUGAGAGAAGAAUGCCUAGAGCCUAGAUUUUCUCUUCUGAAUCAGUGGAGCAGCAGUGAGGGGAAGGUCUGUUAUAGUAAACACAUCUGUGAGGAAUAUUCCGCUAAGCACACUCCUACAGGCUUUAAGCUAAAAUCAUCAAAAUUUAAGUUAUUCCUUAUUUGGCCUAUACCCGUUUUUAUCUUUCAGUGUCAUUUUUGCUUGACAGUAUGUGAUGACGUAGGAUAUUUUUAUUUGGAAAGUCCUCAGCAAGACAAAUUUGCCAAAAGCAAUAAUGGUUCAGAUUAAACAAUGAAGUGGAAUUGAACCAAUUUCUGGGUUCAACUAAGGGACACACUCUGGAUAUUUCGAUUUUAGAUUAUAAAUAUGUUGCGAUUUGUUAAUAAGGAGUUAAGCCUAUGUGAGAUUAUGGGUUGAAGACUAUUAGUGACAUCAGAGUCGUACUUUUUUUUUUUUUUACCUCAUACUAAACUAAUACAGUUAGAUGAUUCCACUACAUUGUAGUGAUUAUAUUUUUAUGACAGAAAAAAACUAGUUCCAUGUCUUUACAAAUAGUGUCUGCAGAGAUGUCAGGCACUGUCAUUGGAACCUCAGUUUGGCAGUGUCUAAAAAGUGAUCACGUCUUAAAGUGCUUGUGCUGCUUCAGUUGAGUGAGCUCCCUCUGCACAGGACCCAGGCCAGUUCCAACUAUACCAAGGCUUCUGUGUACAUACUAGUUUACAGAGAAGUGAAGAGUUCAGACCACUGAUUGAAGAAAAAAAAUUUUUUUUUUAAUUUUUAAAAACUUCAUAAUUUUUUAUUUCAGUUUGUAGUGCCUGGUUUAUAAAAUCACAUUCUUUGAUUAUUGCCUUUCUCUUUUAAAUGUACUAGUUUUCUGAUUAAGCUUAAAGCCAUGGGCUCAAUUGUGAUGACUUUUUGAUAAAAUCGAUGCUUCAUGGUUUGAGGGGCUACAGUGUUAUGACUUUUAUGAAAUUCUGCUUGUUUUCCCAAAUGCUGAUCUAACCCUUUCCAUAUUUCAUUAUUCAAUUAAAUAAGUUAAAAAGUCAUCCUGUAAAUGAAUGUUCAGGUUACCAAAGUACAUCGCCUGCUGAGGAAGGAUAAAUCUUCCCUUUAAGAGGAAGCGGGUCAUCUCCUCAUAACACACAUCGUUUCUCCUGGUGUUAGUGGAAGCUGUGUUCAUUUAAAGAUGGGAAGCCUUUGGUGCAGUUCCUAGAAACACCUAUUGUCUAGAGAGAACCUUUUCUUUGAUUAGGUUAUAAGUGUGUUUUAAUCUCAGAGCUUUCUUUUAUUUCAGUUAUCAAUUUAAUUUUCAAGUUGACAGAUGUUACGUAAAGUCUCUCAUACUGAGAGUAGUCCAGUAAAUUAUUGAAAGUUGCACUGCUUUUCAUCUUUCAGGUGCCUGAAAUGAAUGCCAUCAGGUAUUUGGAAGGAGUAAGAUCAUAAACUUGAUUCAUUUUCUUCUUUGUACAGUGUGAUGGCUUCUAAUGCUUAUAUUUCAAGAUAUUUUUUAAAAAACAACAGUCCCUAAUAGAGUAAAAUUUGGUUUUGAUCCAAGUCCCAAUAAUAUGUUUGAUUUUUCUCUUGUUACUGAUGCCUCCUGUUGCAUCAAAGAGAGAUUGCCUGCCUCUUUCUAGGGCACCCUUGUGGCACCUUAUGUCUAAUUGGAGGAUAGUAUAUGGCUUAUUUGUGCCUCUACUAUCUUUUCAAAAGCCAUUUUAUAAAAAUCCUAGGUGUAGCCUAUUUUAAUAUUUAAAUAUAUAUAUUUGUGAGAGAUACUUUUAGAAUAGACUUUUUUUUUACUUUAAAAUUUCUGUAUUCCCAUUUUUAAGAGUAAAGUUAAACUUUCCAGGAUUAGGACUUGUCUUUUUCCACAGCAGCAUAAUGAGAAAGUCACAUUGAGAUAACAGACCAUAAUUCAUUGAUAGAAGAAAUUGAUGUCUGGUUAAAGGAGACAGAUGUGAAGGAAGAAAGUUGUUUUGAUGUAACAGAAAUGAAUUUUUAAAUAAAAUGUUUUUCUUUCUGUUAUUUCAUACUUGCUGCUAUAGUAACUCGGUGUUUUACAGAGCUAACAUAUAAAUCUGGCUCCAUUUAAAAAACGGAGUACUUUCUAGUAUCACCAGCCUAGGAGGAAGCUGUGCACCACAGUCCUCCAGAUGGGUGAUGACUGCUUUGUUGAGCUGAUGCAUGCUGUAAUAUUUGCCCACAGCUCAACAUCAAGGAAGUUUGGGGGAAACUUUUUUACCUUGCUAGUUAUGGCUUUAUGAUUCUUUUUGGGCACUGGCAUUUUGUGAAACCCUUAAGGGAGGAGGGUAAUGCUGGGGAAGAAAUGUGAAUUAACUUAUGUAGAUGAGUGUUUCUUUGUCUUCUGUCCCUCUCCUAGAACCAGUACAACUCUAACUGUGCCAGUCCCCAAUUCACCAGCUUUGUAUCCAGUUGUCAUCUCAUUCAAGUAUGGCUUCACUUGGUGACGGUGGCCAUAGCUAAGUUAUUUGGCAUGUUUGACUUUCAACAAUAACAAAAAUGGUUUUGGAUUUUAUUUCCUAAAAAUGUAUACAAUGUCAGAACUUCAGAUUUUAUAUAAUAGUAUCUGGCUAUUAGUAUUUUACAGGAACCAUAGUUCUUGGUGAUUACAUAUAUAUAUAUCUAUAUAUUUUUGUGACUUUUUUGUAAACUAAGUGCCGUUUCAACGUUACAAUCAUUUUUAGAGUUAUUGUAAUCAAUGUGAAUAUCAUGUUUUUUCAAAUCUGUUCUGAGCCUAUAGUGUUUGCUUUGUGAACAUAUGUGUAUUGUAUAUAUUCUGUAUAGUUACAUUGUACUGAAAUAUUAGCUUGUUUGAUAUAAGAAAAGUAUGUAUUGAGUACCUUUUUGCUAGCCUGGUUGUUUAAUCUUUUUUAAAAAGUUUAAACUUUUUAAAAAAAAUCUUUAGACUGGCCUUUAUUACAUGGUCACAUAUUAAGUUGCAGUUAGAAGGGAUGGGCAGGGAAAAACUAGUUUUGAGUGUCUUUGAAUAGAAACAUAAGACUAAGAUGUGGGUUUUUUUCCUCAUUAAAAUAUCUUAUUAAUGCUUUGUGGAGUAAAA